CCUUCUGCUGGUGGCACAUAUUUUUAAAAGGGCACACAAGACGUCUGUUUGUCCCGUACAAGUGAAGGAGCUGUAAAGAGUGUUGGUCCAGUCAGCAAGUAAGGCAGAAUCAGCAAAAAGGCAAAGGGAGGUUCAACCGACUUGUUUCUGGGAAAGCACAAACAGGUUAACCCUCCUCCCCCCGCCAAGGAGGCCCAUUACUUGAACUUUGGAUGGACAAACUGCCAAGCGCUGAGGGAAGGAGGUCCUCAGGCCUGGACUCUGGUGAUUUUGUUUUUGGCACAAGAGUCUUCUUUGAAGAACUUUGUACAGUUAUUGAAGGAUGGCAGAGGCAGUGUUGAUUGAUCUCUCUGGUUUGAAAUUGAACUCUCAGAAGAACUAUCAUCAGCCAUUACUGAAGACAUUGAGUGCUAUUCGAUACCACCACGCUGCCAAGGCUAAGUUCCUUUGCAUAAUGUGUUGCAGUAACAUCAGCUGUGAAAAGGAUGGUGCCCAUGAUACUUGUGAAUUAGAAACAAGCAAUGGAUUAUCAACUCUCUUGAGAGAAUUUGAGACUGUUAGCAAUCCCAGCAUGGCUGCCUGUUUGUAUACCAUUAAACAAAAAAUUGAUGAAAAAAAUCUGAGCAGCGUUAAGGUCUUUGUACCCGUGCACCGGAAGACAUUAAUGAAGGCUUUUAUUGAUCAACUCUUUACUGAUGUUUACAAUUUUGAGUUUGAAGAUUUACAGGUGACUUUGAGGGGAGAUCUUUUGAAACAGUCCACUGAAAUAAACAUGAUCACAGCUCAAGAACUAGAAGCAAUCCAGAAUGAAAUAGAAACAUAUUUGAGAAGUCUGCCGGCUCUGAAAGGAGAAUUAGCCAUUAUCACAUCUCCUUUGAUCUCAGACAUUUUCAUACAUGGAUUUACUACAAGAACAGGUGGGAUAUCUUACAUACCAACUCUUAGCUCAUUCAAUCUCUUCAGUAGUUCCAAACGGAGAGAUCCCAAGGCUGUUGUUCGAGAAAAUCUGCGGAGGUUGGGGAGUGCUGCAGGAUUUAAUGCAGAGAAAUUUUACCAAAUAAAGACGGAUCAUGCCAAUGACAUCUGGAUUAUGGGAAGGAAGGAGCCUGAAUCUUAUGAUGGAAUCACCACAAAUCAGAGAGGAGUCACAAUAGCGGCUCUUGGCGCUGACUGUAUACCGAUAGUUUUUGCAGACCCCGUCAAAAAAGCGUGUGGGGUUGCUCACUCUGGUUGGAAAGGUACUUUGUUAGGUGUUGCUAUGGCUGCAGUGAAUGCUAUGAUAGCAGAAUAUGGCUGUAGUUUGGAAGACAUUAUUGUUGUCCUGGGACCUUCAGUAGGACCUUGCUGUUUUACUCUUCCAAGGGAAUCAGCAAAAGCAUUUUAUAAUCUUGAUCCCGAAUGUGUGCGGCUGUUUGACUCACCACAUCCCUAUGUUGACAUUCGUAAAGCCACCAGGAUUCUUCUAGAACGGGGAGGAAUUCUUCCACAGAAUUUUCAGGACCUGAAUCAAGAUCUCAACCUCUGUACAUCCUGCCAUCCUGACAAGUUUUUCUCCCACGUCCGAGAUGGCCUUAACUUUGGUACACAGAUUGGCUUCAUAUCAAUUAGAAAAUGAGAUACUUGACUGGAUUUUUACCUGUUUUCUGCCUCCUUCCAAACUGACUGCAAGAGAGAAAUUUAGCUGUGUGAUUUACUUAAAACCAAAAGGAUUACACGGAUAAUUCAUCUUUAGGGUAUAUUUUCACUAUUAUCCAAAGCCGAAUGAUUUUCAUUUGAUUCUAAUAACUGACAAAACAAUCAGUAUGAUGUAGCGUAUAUGUUAUACAGAUAAGGAUUAUUCUUAAAGUUUGUUCUGUUUGUCAUAUAAACAGGAAUAAGUCUGUUCAGUUCAGUAUUUAUUGAGUAGCCUCUAUCUGUUAAGCAUUGUGUGAACCAUAGAUGACAUCAAAAUGAAUUAGACUUUUCCCCUGUGAGCCUAAUGCGGUGGAGGAGAGAAACACUUCUAACACUUUCAUUUUAAUAGCAGAAGAGUACAGAAGAAGGAAGGAUUAAUUCUAUCUACAAGGCAGGGUAGAGAAGGUAUUACAGAGAAAAUACCAUAUCAUGUGAAAGAUGUACAGGCUUUUGACAAAUAAAGAAUAGUCAUAACAGGUAGAGGAAACACCAGGAACUAGGGCAUGAAACUGAAAGUGUUUAGCAUGUUCUAGAAAGAGAAGGGUGUGGACAGGAGUUACUGGAAAAACAGGUUGGAAAUAGAUUCGUUAGGGUCCCAAAUGCCAUGCCAAAGAGUUUGGAGUUUAUUUUCCAGGCAAAGAGUAGGCAUAAAAAGUUGAGGAGUGGUUUUAUUUCCUUGGCGUCUUAUUUAACAGGAUGGAUUUAAAUUGUGAAAGACCAAGGCAGAGAGACUAGUUAAGAGGCCAUCAGAAUACUUUUAAAAAGAAAUAAUGAGACCUGAAUGCAGUGGAAAUUAAAAUGGAGAAGAGAGCAGAUGGAUUGGAGACAUUUCAGAGAUGGAAUCAGUAGCUCCUGGUUACUGGAUAAUGGAGGUGAGAGGUGAGGAAGAGUGGAGAAGUCACUGAUGACACCUCAACUUCUGCUUGGCUCACUCCCAAGAGUGGCAACAAAGAGGGACGAGAGAGAAGGAUAGUGACUUUGACACACAGACUGAAGUACAUCCAGAUGGAAAUAUUUGGUCAACAAUUAGAAAUAUAGACCUGGAACCUAGGAGCGAGCCUGGAAAAAAGACACAGCUUGUGAAGCUGGUUAUGCAGAAAUGAUGUCUGAGUCUUGGAGUAGGCUGGAUCAUCUAGGCAGAAAUAUAGGGUGAGAAAAAAGGAGGCCCAAGAAUGAAAUCUCUGUACCUCCAUUUGAAGAGCAAGAAGCUAAGCCAUUAAAAAAGAUUAAGCAUAGAAGUAAGAAAAAGAAUAGGCUACAGCAGUGCCCCCUUAUCCAAUGUUUCAGUUACCCAUGGUCGACUGUGGUCCAAAAAUAUUAAAUGGAAAAUUCCAGAAAUAAACAAUUGACUGGUUUUAAGUUGCACGCUUUUCUGACUAGCAUGAUGAAAUCUCGCACCACCCUGCUCCCUCUGGAUGUGAAUCAUCCCUUUGCCCAGCACAUCCACGCUGUCUGUGCUACCCGCCUGUUAGUCUCUCAGUUAGCCAACUGGGUUAUCAGAUCUACUCUUGCAAUAUUGGCUUUGGUGUAGGGUUCGGUGCUAUCCUCAACUUCAGGCAUCCACUGUGGAUCUUGGAACAUAUACCCCUUGGAUAAGGGGAGACGACCAUACAGUCGUUUUGAAGAAAGAAGCCACUGUCUAUGUGAGAGGUACUCAAAAAGAAAUCUUCAGCGAUAAAGUAAAAUGAGGACUGAGAAGAAACCAAUAGAUUAACCAUGUUGAAGCUAUUCUAUAGGCGGCAGUGGCAGAGUCAGAUUUCAGUGCAUUGAGAAAGGGGAUGCAUAGGUGUCCACUCUUCUUUGACAGCAUUUACUAGAGAAAAUAAAGCACUGGGGGCUGCAUUGUGAAGGAAGGGGUAUAUGUAUUUUUUGGAUGAGGAGUUUUAAGUAUAUUUGUAGGCUGAAGAAAAGAGUCAAGCAGUUUUUCACUUGGAAAAAAUGGUGUAUAUGGUAUAUAUUUCUAAUGUGAGUUGUCACAUUGCAUCUUAAAAAGACUUGUGUCAUACAUAUAUUUCUUUCCUGAACAUACAGAAUAACAGAAAAUUACAUUUGUUUGGUAUUUACAAAGGACUUACUAUGUGUUACCUCAUUUUACCUUUACAGCUACUCUGAAAUACAUAAGCCAGGUGUUACCCCUUUUAUUCAGAUGAGAAAACUGAGCCUCAUUGAGGUGGAGGUUAAAAUCACAUAAUUUGUGAUAAUGGAAGAUUUGAACCCACAUCUUGUGACACAGAAUCUCAUUUCAGAGUUUACAGUUAAUCAAAGCUAUCUAAAUUAAAUUUUUGCUUUCAACUAUAUUUAUAUUAAUAUUAAUAUUUAUUUAUACAUUCAGUCAAAAUUUUGUUGCAGUACUAGGAUAGGUUAAAAAAAAUACAGUUGCAGCCCUCAAGAUGUUUAAUAUCCAGUGAAAUGUGAUAGUCAAUAACCCAACAGUUUCAAUACUGUGAUAUGUGUUGUAAGGUUGUCACAACCUGGUACCUUGUUUAGUUUAAUUCUUCUAUGCGACUUACAGCUCAGUGUGAAAUUUAAAUAAGAUACCUCAUUUCUGCCAAUUCAGAGAUGGCAUGAGACACAAAGCAUAGAUAGGACAGCAAUUUCAAACACGUUUGUUUAAUGAUUUCACACUUUGAGAAAGAUUGAUGAUUUUCACUGUGCGUUAUUUUGUUUGAAGUUUACAAAUUUUCAGAGUAUUAGGCAGCCAUAUUUCACUUUUUGUACCAAAAUAUUCCAAAACCAAAUAAAAACUAUGUUUGAUUAUCUAUGAUUUUGGAUUACCUGUGCCAAAGCGCAUAAUGAAAAGUCUCCUUGCUGUUUUACUAGUGAAAAUAUUGAGUCAGUAACUCAGAGACAGAAUGACUGGGUUGUGGAAUAACCAUACCUUAUUGCUUCUACAAGAUCUCUGUCACUCUUAAGCAUUUGUAUAUUCAUUUCUGAGACUUUUGGGGCACAACCACAAUUAUGAUUUUUUAAUAAGCUUUGUUUUGUUUUCUAUCUAAGAGCUGCUACUAACUGUAUGUAGGAAAUAUUGGUGGUUGUUUUAUUAAGAGCAAUUAUGUUUGUAAAUAAAAUGAGAGUUCACGACAUGCUUUUUUGGGAGGUACUAAUUAUCAAACUAAAAAUUUGUGUAAUUGUAAUUUUAAAUCGUGAAGAAUAGCUUAGUAACUAAAUAUGCUAUACUCCAGUGCUUCAUGAAACAAAUGAAAAAAUGAUCUUUCCGCUAGGAGGCAGUACAGGUAGCUCUGCUCUGUGUCUUGGUGUGAAGUUGAGCCAAUCUAAAUAUCUGUAUUUACUUAUACAAAAAAAAGGGAGAGGCGUUUAAAGUGCUCUUACUUUAGAUGCAACCUAUUGUGAUUCAAGUAGAAAAAAGCUUUUGGGAGCCCUCACCUACCUGGAUGUCAUGUCUAGAGAAUCUCCAGUAACUGCUUUUCUGUAUAAGUAGAUUUUUGGGGGGGGGAAAUUCAGAGAAGCUUAUUCUGUGUCACAUAACAAAAACAGAAAUAAUACCCGUGGAUUCAGAAGCUGGAAGAUAAAGUGACAGUGACAUAUGAGUUACAUCAUUUUAUAUCUCAAAGUGGGAUUUGAUAUUUUUUUUUUGCUUGGUUGUCCUAAAGUUAUACUUACAGUGUAUCCAUCCUACUUUUUAUGUGAACUCUUAUUAAAGAAUGCUGCCAAUCUAUGGAAGUCUAGCACUUUGAAGAAAGCCCUGCUCAGUUACCUGUGUGUUUGUGUGUGUGCAUACAGGGAACUCUGUGUGUGUGUGCGCUAAAUGGCAAACAAGAAAUACGUAUGUCCUCUGUAUGAUGUAGAGCCUCUUUGCCUCAGCUAAUGUCAGUUCACACAAGACACAUUGGGUGCUGUGGAAUCAUAGAUUUCUCUUUAUAAAAUUCAGGUAAAUUUUGCAGUAAAGAAUGGGAAGCAUGGUCUGUGUGUUUACUGUAUGUGUUUAUGGGAGCUCUGGUCCAGAGCAUGUACGUUUCUGUUGUAGGCAGUGUUUUAAAACUUUACUUGUGAUUUCAAAGAUGAGGCAGAUGCUAUAAGUAAUGCAUUGUUUUGUGCUAGAUCAUUGCUUAAUAAAGGAACAAGAAAUCUGCCAGUA